AUGUAUUGUCAGACGCAUGACGCGGGCGUGAAACUCCUGCACUCUGCGUCGGGCUGCAUCCAGUGCGUGUACCUGACCACGCCCAGCAUGCAGCUGGCCUUCAACGCGGUGCCUCAGUUCCUGUGCAUAGAGACCGCAGAUUAUGGCAAGGGCAUAACGCCAUACAGCCAAGCAAAGGCAUACAUCAUACAGCCAAGCCACCAGUCGGGCUGCAUCCAGUGCGUGUACCUGACCACGCCCAGCAUGCAGCUGGCCUUCAACGCGGUGCCUCAGUUCCUGUGCAUAGAGACCGGCAUAGAGUUCAACAGCGCGAUCCCGACGGUAGGCGGCGCGGGCAGUCCAAGCGUCAAGCACUACGUCACUCUGUUCUUAGCUGAAGAUGGAAACGGCAAGUCGGUCAUAGUCAGCGCUGGCAUAUCAACGCUCAUAGAUGAUGAUCUCACGUGGCUGCUAGACACGUUCAAGUCCUGCAACCCUGCGUGGAGACACGUGAGAUGCGUCGUCUGCGACCCUACCAAGUGUCAACAGGCUGUCCGCACAGCAUUCCCAUCCGCCCACGUGACCUGCUCCGUCUGGCAAGCGUCCGUCGCGUGCGCAGCGCUAUGCGUCGACGCGACACGACGCAACGACGGGGCGCCCGCGAUAGCAGACGUCGCCGCCCGAUGCAAGACGUAUGCGCUCGCUUUAUUGAGAGGAGAACACGCGCCCGCACAACUUCAGGUCCUAAAACGCGGCAUAAUCGGCACCGGUGCGGGGACGUUACGACUGUGGGAGAUACUGACCCGACCGAACACCGGAGCGAUAGCGAAAUUAGACGCAUGGCUAGAAGCUGACAACUACACUAAUAUAUUACAUAAGGGUCUGGAGAGGCUGGUGACCAAGUUCCAGAACCUAGUCCGGAGCCAGAUGCAGCCGGACGAGUUCGUCUCCGUUUUCUUUAACGUGGCCAACCAGCUGGAAGAAGAACGAAGGAACUUCGCCAUCAGCAGGCUGCGGGACACAGAAACCCUAAAGCAGUCGCCGACGGACACCAUAACGCAGUACGCUUACAACUUGAUGAGCCACCAGACUAAGUUGGCGCAGAAGUGCUUGGACGACCGCAGUGGAAGAAGGCAAAGCAGUCAAGCAAUCUGUAUGUACGGAACAUCCACGCAAGAAUGCUCGUGCUUGUUCAGCAAGGUGUUCCGGUUGCCUUGCCGCCAUAUACUCAUGCUCACCACCGAGCUCAAGGUGAAAACACACAUACCGUUCGAGCCUCGGUGGACGGUGCAGCACUGUUUGUUUGGCUGCGAGAACAACCCAAACACAACCACUAGUAAUAACACAGGCAACAGCACUUUCAUGGAGCAAGUGGUAGUGGAAACAGACGGGCAACACCGCCAGAUACAGCAACAGCCACAGCAGAUACACCAGGUAGGAGGUGUCAGACAACAGCAGUAUGUACUAGCGACGCCCGGCCAGCCACCGCAAGUGAUAUUCUGCGGCGGCAACGUCGGUGGAGUGGGCUCUGUGACGAGCGCAGCACCCGUUAUCACAUCAGUGUUGCCAGCAGGCGGUGCCGUUCUAACACCUCACCACGCGAUACACCAGUGAGAGUGGAACCCUCAAGAAGUAACUAACAAGAA